AGGUAAAUCACACUAACGCACGAUCAUUCUUGAGGUAAAAAAAAUCGAGUUUUGCAAUGAAACGAAUACUACAACUUUCAUUAUGGAUUACUACUUUACUAGUUGUCUUGAAUACAUUAUCGGGAGCAUUGGUUGGGGAAUGUGAUUUAUGUUUUGCUAACAAUGUAGCAUGCAUUAGUCAGCAAAGCUUUGUGCUUUGCAAUAACGGAGCUCCAACUAAUAUUGAAGUGCCAUGUCCCGGCGAUAAGAUAUGCACAAGUCAUCAAACUAUUUGUCGAAGUCCAACAGAAGAUACACCAGCCUGCUAUGAAAAUUAUUGUGGAACUUGUAUACUAACAGAUGGUCGAUUUGCUUGCAUAGAUGAAACAACAUAUGGUUUUUGUUUUGGUGAUCUUACACCGAAAUUGGAGACUUUUACUAAGUGCCCCAAUGGUUAUGUUUGUAAUAUUGAAAUGGGAAACUGCAUGCCGAAAGAAACUUAUACGCCUUCUUGCUAUAAAUCUAGUGAAGGUACUGAAAGCACAACUAGCAUGACAAGCACAGUAACAGGCGUUACUCCAUCAACACCACUAACUACAAUAACUUUAAGUACAGUAGUGCCCACAGUAACAACCAAUUCUGUACCCACAACAAUAGAUACAGAUACUUCAACAGCGACAAUAACUGUAACAACAGAUCCCACAACAACUGUAACAACAGAUUCCACAACAACUGUAACAACAGAUCCCACAACAACUGUAACAACAGAUUCCACAACAACUGUAACAACCGAUCCCACAACAACUGUAACAACAGAUUCCACAACAACUGUAACAACAGAUUCCACAACAACUGUAACAACCGAUCCCACAACAACUGCAACAACAGAUUCGACAACUGUAUUUACCGUCACUACAGGCAAUGGACAAUCAACCGAUGAAAGUUCAACAGUUACAAGUAGCGUAACUGCUGAUAGUUCCAGCACUACAGUUUCAGACAUAAGUACGCUCACCACAGAUGCAGAUAGUACAACUUCUAUCAUAACAACAAUAGCAAGUAGCACAGGAACUCUGCUGAGUACGCUUACAUCUAUGGUUUCACAAAUUACUACUACGCAAAUGACGACAGAAAUAUAUAGUACCCCAUCUACUACUACAACAAGAGCACCUAUUACAAAUCCAGACGAUUUCUGUAAUUAUAUACAAGCUGAAGGAUAUUUUUCGCUGGAAGGCGAUACGACCUGUAAAACGUAUAUUCAUUGCUACAAUUUGUCGGGAGAUUAUAUUGGCACAAAGUACAUUUGUGCUGGAUACUUUAAUUCAGUCACACAGAAAUGUCAAGACGAAAAACCGACGAACUGCUAAAU